UCUAUCAGGGUACCACAAGCUAUCAGCCAUGCCUUACACCAGGUCUAGACCUUUACCUUCUUCAUCCCGAUAUAGAGCAUCAUCAGCCAGGCCUUCUUCAUCCAGAUCUCAGUGUCCUAUAUCACCCCCAUCUUCUUCUCAAAUUUCCUUUGUGUCAUCGCAGGGAGAUAAGUUUCAAUCCCCCUUCAAGGGUUUUGAUGAAUGUGGUGGUGGUGUUAGGGGGAGGGGGUAUGCCAAGAGUUCAAUUUACAGGCACUUAACAGACAUGCACUUCCCCACUAUUGAAGCCAAGGAUAUAUGUAGAGCACGAAUACAGAAUGAUGCAAAUUGUUUUAAUGCGUGGGAGAGUAUUUUAGCAGGGCCGCUUAAUGAUAACAAUGAUGCUGAUUUUCUUAUAUAUGGCACACAGAAACCACAAUCUUCAGAAGCAUGUAACCCUGCAUCUCAGAAUUCUACUGAGCCUGUUGAUGCAAGCCUCACAGUGGAGAUGCUCCAUCUGAUUUUUCAGAAACAAGUUACCACAAUUGUGAGCAUCCCCCAUCACUGCAGAUUGCAUUUUUCUCGUACCUCAAAAACUGCUUUGGAUAAGGUACUUGCAAAACCUUCAGAUCUGUAUGUUUGGUUGCAUCUCCUGUUUCUUCCAAUUCUUCCAAUUCGUACCUUAAAUCGUUAUGUGCCAAAACGUUCCACCGAGGAACGAUCUGGUAAUAGAAAAAAACUCCAAAUUGUUGCUAUCAAUCAGGCUUUACAAAGAUGGAGUGAACCAAAUGGGUGUGUGCACAUGAUUCAAAAGAUUCUUUCUCAACCACAGCAAACAUACAGGCAGUCAAGCACAAAGGAAAGAAAGAAGGAUACUAGCCUGCAAGCCUGCCGGAAGAAACUUAGUUAUGGUCACUAUUCUGCCGCCAUACGCAUCAUCUCCUCAGAUGGUAUUGCACCACCUACCCCUGAUACCCUAUAUGACUUGCAGCAGAAAUACCCAUCAGCUCCACCCCCAUCUAUCCCCACAGAGAAUGUCUCCGCACCGGCAUUAACUGUAGAUGCAAGUAAGUUCUUGCUGCCUUGAAAAGCUUUCCUAAAGGGACUGGUUGUGGAAGAGACGGACUCCGCGCACAACACUUAUUAGAUGCUAUGAGUGGUGCCGCUGUAGCCGUGGCUGAGGACCUACUGCAAUCUAUAACAGAAGUGGUUAAUUUAUGGUUGUCAGGUAAGUGCCCCCUGCCCUUGGUGGAUUUGUUGCUAGGGCCCCUUUAACUCCUUUGCUUAAGCCAGGAGGAGGGAUACGACCAAUAGCCGUAGGCACUAUUUGGAGGCGCCUGUGCUCUAAGCUUGCAGCCACUGUUGUCUCCAAAGAUAUGACGACCUAUUUAGGGAAUUUACAAUUUGGUGUAGGGAUAUCCUGUGGAGGGGAAGGGAUAAUCCACUCAGCUAAUAGGCUGUUGGAGAUGAAGGGACAUGAUAACUUCAUGACAAUGUUGCUCGUAGAUUUUUCUAAUGCAUUUAAUUUAGUUGAUA